AUGGCGUGGAAAGUCAAACUAUUCUGUAAAGAUUAUGAUACAAGAAAAACUUGUAUAUCUAUAUUGAAAAAUGAAGUGACAUGGGGAAUUAUCCUUAUUAUUUGUUGUGCUAUAUCAUUAUUAAUUAUCUGGUUAGUAAAUUGUCCUGUUGAAUGGCAAAAAUAUAAAGAUCCUAUUCAUGGACAAAGUGUUCUCGCUAUUAUUGGUGGAAUAUUUGCUCUCGUAGCUACGGGCAUGUCAUUUGUACAGAUUCUUCAACAUUUUCGACAUAAAACACAUCAUCAAUCACAAAAACGUAUUAUGCGUAUUUUAACUUUGGUACUACUCUAUGCUAUCACAUCAUGGAUUUCAAUAUUAUUUUGUAUUUCUGCUAUUUAUAUGGAUUUUAUUAAAUCUUGUUUUGAAGCUUAUAUUAUCUAUAAUUUUCUACUUUUAUUAACAAAAUAUCUCGGUGGUCAUCGUGGUGUUGAACAGGUAAUUAUAGCACAAGAAAAAAUUUACUUACCAUCUCCAUUUUGUUGUCUUAAAUUACGACUACAUAUUAAAUGGGUUUGGUAUUUUAAAUUUGGUCUUUUACAAUAUACAUGGAUCAAUCUAAUAUGUUCAGCUAUUGCUGUUGUUCUUAAUCUUGCUGAUAUUUAUGAUAAUGGUAAAUGGAAUUUUAAACGUGAGUGUGGGUGUGGGUGUGGGUGUGUGUGGGUGUGGGUGGGUGUGGGCGUGUGUGGGUGUGGGUGUGGGUGUGGGUGUGGGGUGUGUGGGUGUGGGUGUGGAUGUGGGUGUGGGUGUGGAUGUGGGUGUGGGUGUGGAUGUGGGUGUGGGUGUGGAUGUGGGUGUGGGUGUGUGGGUGUGUGGGUGUGGUUUGGGUGUAUGUGUAAUGAAGUGUGGAUAACAGUUAGAAACCCACACCC